AUGCCGGAGGGUCAGAAGAGGGUGGAAGAUGUAGCGACUGCGAGGCAGCCGCGAUGGGGCUCUUUGCACGAGAAGCGCAGAGCCAUGACGUCGCACCAUACCCUCCCACACUCUCACUGGGAAGGGCAUGGCCGAUGGAGCACGAGUUCGACGUUCGACAGCCGCCUAGACGACUUGGAAGAACACGAUCUCGAAGACACACAGCUGGACUGGGUUGGAUGGACUCUCGAUAACAAUAUGACCACUAGCGUCGUUGUCGUCGCCGCCCACUCUUACACCAACACCGACGUCGCCCUCAACGAUAAUCGACAACCAGCGUAA